CUGAGGCGGAGCGGGGCGACCGAGGGGCCGGCGGCUGGGCUCGGUUUCCUGCUCAGUGGGCGUCGUUGGGGCCCCGGCGGGCCCCGCCCCCGCGCCGCCCACCCCGGGCCCCGGCUGUCACUCAAGGCGGCGGGCUGAGGCCGGCAGCAGCGGCGGGCGGAGAGAGAGGCAGCUACGCCACAGCCCAGCGGCGGCCAUUCGUGGAAAAAUAGGCCGUCCCGCUCCUCCCAGCUCCGGCUGCGACCGGCCUUCUCCCCGCUACCCCCACCCCACCCUCCGCCUCCUCCUCCUCCUUCUCCUCCCCCCUAGAGCGGCGCCUCAGCGGGGCAUUAAUGCGGGAUGAGCGAUCAAAAGAAGGAGGAAACUAUGCCCACAGAGGGAGAGAAAUCUCCCGAGGCAGAGAAUAACAACAAUAAUAAUAAAAAAGGGAAAACUGGAGGCUCACAGGAUUCUCAGCCAUCACCUCUUGCUUUGCUAGCAGCCACUUGCAGCAAAAUAGGAACUCCUGGUGAAAAUCAAGGAACUGGACAACAGCAGAUUAUUAUAGACCCAAAUCAAGGUUUGGUGCAGCUUCAGAAUCAGCCACAGCAGUUGGAAUUGGUAACAACCCAGCUUGCUGGAAAUGCUUGGCAGCUUGUUGCCGCUACUCCUUCUGCUUCAAAAGAAAAUAAUGUUCCUCAACAAGGAUCUUCUGUUGCCUCAAGUGCAGCAAGUCCCUCCAGCAGUAACAAUGGAAGUACAUCUCCUUCAAAAACCAAAUCGGGCAAUUCUUCUUCAACGACCCCUGGACAAUUCCAAGUUAUUCAAGUACAGAAUCCAAGUGGUAGUGUCCAGUACCAAGUGAUUCCACAGAUUCAGACAACGGAAGGUCAAAUCAAUCCAUCCAGCGCUACUGGUCUGCAAGACAUACAGGGUCAAAUUCAGCUUAUUCCUGCAGGGAAUAAUCAAGCUAUCCUCACAACUGCAAACAGGACAGCUUCGGGAAAUGUUAUUGCUCAAAAUCUGGCAAAUCAGACAGUUCCAGUCCAAAUUAGGCCUGGUGUUUCCAUACCACUACAACUGCAAACUAUUCCUGGUACUCAGGCGCAAGUUGUAACAACCCUACCUAUCAACAUUGGUGGGGUAACCCUGGCUUUGCCUGUGAUUAACAACGUUGCCACUGGAGGAAGUUCAGGGCAAGUUGGGCAGUCUACUGAGAGUGGCGUUUCCAAUGGAAAUCAGCUGGCAUCUACACCUGUUACUUCUGCCUCUGGUAGUACCAUGCCAGAGUCUCCUUCCUCAUCUUCCACAGCUACAACCACUGCCUCGACAUCUCUGACUAGCAGUGACACACUGGUAAGCUCUGCAGAAACAGGCCAAUACACAAGCACAGCAGGCAGCAGUUCAGAGCAGGCGACUGAAGAACCUCAAACAACCGCUACAGACUCCGAAGCACAGAGCUCCAGUCAGCUUCAGUCCAAUGGACUACAGAACGUUCAGGAUCAGUCAGGUUCCCUUCAACAGGUCCAGAUCGUAGGUCAGCCUAUUCUGCAGCAGAUACAGAUCCAGCAGCCUCAACAGCAGAUUAUUCAGGCCAUUCCUCCACAGUCAUUUCAGCUCCAGUCAGGGCAGACUAUACAGACCAUCCAGCAGCAGCCUUUGCAGAAUGUUCAGCUACAGGCAGUGAGCCCAACUCAGGUGCUCAUCAGGGCUCCAACCUUAACACCAUCAGGACAGAUCAGCUGGCAAACUGUGCAGGUUCAGAAUCUGCAAAGCCUUUCAAAUCUGCAAGUUCAAAAUGCUGGGUUACCCCAACAACUAACCAUUACCCCUGUGUCUUCAAGUGGUGGCACAACCAUUGCCCAGAUUGCUCCGGUGGCUGUUGCCGGUACCCCCAUCACUCUGAAUGCUGCCCAGCUUGCUUCAGUACCUAAUCUUCAAACAGUAAGUGUUGCCAACCUGAGUGCUGCAGGUGUUCAAGUUCAAGGAGUUCCUGUUACCAUUACCAGUGUUGCGGGUCAACAGCAAGGACAGGAUGGAGUAAAAGUACAGCAAGCCACAAUAGCUCCUGUAACCGUAGCAGUAGGUGGCAUUGCUAAUGCAGCAAUUGGUGCUGUUAGUCCCGAUCAGAUAACACAAGUGCAGCUUCAACAAGCUCAACAAGCUUCUGACCAGGAAGUGCAGCCUGGCAAGAGACUGAGAAGAGUUGCCUGCUCAUGUCCUAAUUGCAGAGAGGGAGAAGGAAGAGGCAGCAAUGAGCCAGGAAAAAAGAAACAGCAUAUCUGCCAUAUUGAAGGGUGUGGAAAAGUUUAUGGCAAGACAUCUCAUCUUCGGGCACAUCUGCGCUGGCAUACCGGUGAAAGACCAUUUGUCUGCAACUGGAUUUUUUGUGGCAAACGAUUCACAAGGAGUGAUGAGUUACAAAGGCAUAGAAGAACCCACACAGGUGAAAAGAGAUUUGAGUGCCCAGAAUGUUCUAAAAGGUUUAUGCGAAGUGACCAUCUCUCGAAACACGUGAAAACUCAUCAGAACAAGAAGGGUGGUGGAACAGCCCUUGCUAUUGUUACCUCAGGAGAACUGGACUCUUCAGUUACUGAGGUUCUUGGUUCUCCAAGAAUUGUCACUGUUGCUGCCAUUUCUCAAGAUUCAAACCCAGCAACCCCUAACGUUUCAACAAACAUGGAAGAAUUCUGAAAGGAUCAUUUAUAUGGACACCUAGUGCUGCACUUAAGUUUACAUACCUUUCAGGAUAUGGAAGUGGGCUGGUAAAGUGGAUUACAGAGCAGGAAAUCUUUUUUCAGUCAUGACUUCUGUAAGUGUUCCAAGUUGGAGGGUCAGCAUGGGAAGUGUACACCGGUGCAACAAGACAAAAAUUUCAAAAAUACAAACAGCGCAAAUUGAUGACUGGAUAAACAGAUAGAGGAAUAAUAUUUCCAUACUGUACUUUUUUAGUUAUAUGUCUGUAUAUUCUGUAAUGAUUUUAAGUGAACUUUACCCCCCUAUUUUAGCACUGUAUGUUAAUGUGUUUAUAAAAUCAGAUAGUAUCAAUGUAAAACUGGGUGGACCUUGACUAGGAUUAAUACCAUUUGAUGAAGGCACUUUGGUUUUAACAUAAAUUUGUAAUAUUUUCAUGACAGCAUCCUUUUCCCAUUAGGCACAGCAAAACAGAAUACAGGAUGAACAACAGUGGAUAUAUUUUGGGGUUUUGCUCAGUCCAUACGACACAUUGGUUAAUUUUGGCCAUCUUUUCUCAAGUUUUGGAAUUACUCAAAUAGCAGCUGAGUGAUGCAUGCUGCAAAGUGAUUCUGAGGUGGGCCUCAGAUUAAUUUUGACUACUACAUUAUAGUAGUGUGUAUAAAUGACAAUCAGUGAGUUCUAAUUCCUCUCUUCAUGUGGAGAGCUAGGUUACGUAGAAUUGGUGUAAACAGUAGGAAAGAUAAAACCAUAGAAAGAUAUUAACAUAAGAUUUACAAAAGUAAUGGUAUCUUUAUGUAGAAUGAAAAAAAAAACUUGUGUCAAUUUUUGGUAAUUCAUUUCAUUUUAUAUUUCCUUACCCAUGGCAAGGAGGUUGGAACUAGAUGAUCUUUAAGGUCUGUUCCAACCCAAACCAUUCUGUGGUUCUAUGAUUCUGUAUUUUAAAACAUCUGUGACCCAUUUCUAACUCAUAGAUAACUUGAAUCUUAAAAGCUCAACCUUAGGUGUUUGACUGUUUAAAUUUUGUUAGAAUCAUGGAAAUCAAUCAGACAACUGACUGUUGUCCAGUAUCUCCUCUCUGUAAAUACUAGUUUAUUAUGUUGUGGUUAAUGUGCUGAGUUCUUUGUGCUUUGACUUAAUAGCCAAAGAAAAAAAUUAAUUAUCACAUUUUAAUAAGAAAAUAAGUAAGUAAACAUUUUCUCUUUCCCCUUAAAUAUUACCAUUUCAUUUUUUCUCUUCAAGGAUAAUAUGUAGGCUGGUAAUAAAUAUCUGUUACCUAUCAAGUCUUAUAUUGACCCUCCAACCACAAAACAAACUGGGAAAAGAGAAAUAUUAUCAUCUUUUUGGGACAUGACUUUUGGUUUCAAAGGUUUGGUUACAUUUUCAGAUGUGACAGUGAAUAUAGAGGAAAUGUAAAAAAAAAAAAAAAAAAAAAAAAAAAAAGAAAGAAAAAAGAAAAAAAAAAAAAAAAAGAAAAAAAGAAAAACAACAAAAAUUCUAUUUUCUAUGUGAAAAUUCCAGUAGGUACAAGGAGGAAAGAUGGCCAAAUAUUUCAUACUCAGGAUUUUUAAUUACUUCCCCUAAGCAUAGGUAUAACCUUUUACAUCUACAGUCACUUAUUAAUAAAUUGUCAUGACCAGUUUUUAAGGAGAUUUAUACACCAAAAUAUUUUUAACGUAAUUGAAGGAAGUACAGUGCAAGAAGAACAAGAUGUUGUUCUUUCCCCAACAAAUUAUGAAAGAAGAAUGUGUGUGGUAGCUGUUGGUUUGUGAGACAUAACAGGUACCCUAUGCAUUCCCUAAAGAGCAUAUACUUCUCAUCUGAGCAAUUUAUCAAUCUUGUGGUGUUUUCUGUAUUUUUGAAGCAAAAGAAAUAUCAUUGUUUACACUGUGUACACUUUAGGCCAGCCCUUUGUAGCAAAAUACUAAGCUGAGGGUAUUUUAUACUUUCAGUUUACAUAAAAAGCUUUGAGAUUAAAGAAAAACAAUUUUACACUGUGGUUAUGAAUUUCAAGUUUCUUAAAGCUUUUUUAGACUUGUAACAGAGUCUUUAAAUUUUAGUUGGGUUUUGUACAUUAUUUUGUAUAUUUUAUUUAAAGUACUCUUAACUGAUGUAUCUGGAUUUAAAACGUCAGAAGCAAUUAGGUGUUACAUUUAAUACAGAUGAACAUUAGGUAGUAUUAACUGUUAAUUUUAUUAUAAAGGAAAUGAAAUGUCAAAGAUAUAUUUUAUCAUUAUGCUUCACAAUCAGUGCUCUACAUUACUUUAUGCAAAGAAGAACUUUCCUACUGUUAAUAUUUCCUAAAAGUUAACAGUUUUGUAAACUGAAGUUACAAACAUUCUGCACAACCAUUUCAUAUGUAAUUUUUUCAUGCAUACUUAUGUAUGCAGAUAGGAAACUGAAGUAAUUUUUAAUCUGCAAUGAAUCCCUAUUAUAGAUUUAUCCAAAUCUAAUCUGGUUGGCUUCAUAGCAUCUCAAGUACAUUAACGUGUGUUAGCAGGUGCACAUUUUACCGCUGGAAUUAGAAACAUUCUGCCAGUCUGUUCUGCAUACCAUUCUGAAUCCACUUUUCUGUCUUAAAAGGAUCGUAAAUUUCAAUGUCCUUUAUUUGACUCAGUGGGAUAUAGCUGUUGUAAGUAAUAGGGCACAGAUGUGCAGUAGUAUCUUGUUUAAUGGCAUUUCACUGUUCAUUCCCUUUGCCACCGUUAAAAAAUUUGCUUUAUUGUAAUUAUCAGUGCAAAGUGUAUUUACCAUGGUAGAACUCCAGUGUUAGAAUAGUUUUUUUCCUACAAUAUACUUUCUUUGGUUAGGUUUGUGUAUGUGUUGCCGAUUACAUUAGCAAUUGGUGUUAAGUCAUUAUUUAUCACAUUCUUUCACGAGAGCAGUAAUAAAAGUGUGUAAUCUAGGAGAAAAAGUUAAUUUGUCAAAGUUAAGUAAGCAUGAUGUUUAGGUCCUAUUUUUCAAUUUUAUAACUGUUUUAUUGCAACAAUAUUUGUAUUUAAGUCUUCAUUUUAAUGCCUUGUGGUGUUUUUUUAUGCAUGUCACUGAAUUGUCAUCCCGCAAGAAUUGAUGUGCAGCAUAGGGUAUUAAAUCUACAUAAUGAUUUUGAAACAGAAAAAUAGUUGAUGGUAAAAAUGUAAAUGUUUUGCAAAAAUUCCUUAUAAAAAAAAGUUUUGUAGUAAUAUUUCACUUGUAAAUUUUUCUAAAAAAAAUGGAAAAGGAAAAAAAUGAGAGUAACAUUUACCCACAUCUAGAAUUUAGAAAUUAAUUCUGCCAGCAAAGCCUGUAAGGCAUUAAUCUGACACUUUUACAAUGCUGAUUUGUAUAAUUUUUUGGUGGGUUUGGAACUAAAAUCAUGUACAAGUUGUUGCCUGCAAUAACAUUUUGCAAGUAACCUAUUAAAAUUCCCUUGAGUUUAAAAGGUUUCUUCAUUUAAUUGCUUACAAUAUAAAGCAGCAAUAAAUAAUGUUUGUAUGAUAAUCUGUUCAUCAAGAAGAACACUAGAAAACAAAUGCUUCUCAAUGGGGAAAGGUUGGCAGCAGCUUCUGGAUUUGUGUAAUUAAGAGCUGUACUUGCUGGUCAGCAUUUCCCAACUGGCAGACUCCCAGCAGGGAAUUAAACCAGCAGAUUCUAGCUCAGCAUGAAUUCUGUGGGGCUUGUUCAGCUCUUGCGAAUGGAAGCUACAGUUGUUCCUGAACACACCAAAGGGAAAAAUUUCCUAAGGUAAGGAAUAUGUACACACACACACACACACACACACACACACACACACACACACACACAAAGAUGAAAUACAAAUUUAGAAAACGGAAGAUAAUUCGGUUUGACAGAUAAAUAAUAGAAGUGUCACUGUAUUGCACACAGGGAGUAAAUAUAACAAAAAGGGAAACCUGAAAGUACUGACUUCAAUUUAUAGAAAAUAUAUUGAGCUUUUCUUAGUCAUAUGUCGACAGGCUCCUGCAUUGUGUUAUACUAAAAUAGCUUCCCUGGUAUGCCCAAUUGCUAAUGAUAAUGUUAUACUAAUUUUUUCUAAAAUGCUAAAAAUUUUUAUGCUAGACUUUACCAUACUUUUGGAGUGAAUAAAUAAUGCUGUUUCACAAAGGAAGAAAUACAUAGAGAAUCACAGGAUCAUUUAGGUUGGAAGAGACCUUCAACAUAUUUGAGCUCCACUGAAAAGCUAACACUGCAAAUCUCACCACUAAAACAUGUCCCUAACCACCACAUAUACACAUAAGAAGGCCACUUUCUUCCAUAUUCCAAAAGAAGAUGAAUUUAUAAUUUGGGACUUCUAACCUUGUACUGCAAAGCAGAAUCAUUUUUCCUAACUGAGGUAUAAAAUACAUGAUCUUUGUUAUAUGUUUGAUUAAAUACCUGUUAAAGUCUCAGUAACCUCUAUUUGAAUGUCAAACUUCUGAAGUCAAUCUAUGUCAUAAUGCAAAGUAAAUGGACAUCUGACCAACUAAUAUGUCUUUAUUGACCAAUUUUUUUAGUAUUGUGGCACUGAUGUGUUUUGAAGCAAAUUCCACAUUACUGGUAAGAGACUAGACCUCUGCUUACACCAUUUCAAAUAUACAAUAUCAGAAAAUAACAAAUUCUUAUAUAAGGACAUAAAGAUGAAUGUGCACAUUAUGUUUUACCCUUUUAGUCCAGAUGUUAUCAUUCUACUCUGGGAAGCAUGAAGUGUGACACCAAAUUGAGUAUUUCUGUCCACAACUGUAAAUUUACUACCAUUGCUAAAAUUACCAAAAGUUACAUUAUAUGUUUAUUCCAUUAGCCUUAUUUUCUGUCCAGCUAGGUAGCAAAUAUCAGGAUUAAUUCAUACUGA